AUGCACCUGGAUUUUUCGAGAAGGGGCGAACAGAACAAACUUUUCAAAAAAGAGUUGGUAAAGGUGGUAAGUAAUAUUCUCUACGUAUUUUGUUUUGAAAUAGCCCUUUUAUCUAGUUUUGGAACCGGAAUUGGCGGAAAAACUGGAAGCAAAGGUGAGGCAAAAACUGGCGCAGGCAAAGGAAAGAAGGCUCCGAUUUCUAGGGCAUCACGUGCCAGUCUUCAAUUUCCAGUGGGCCGUAUUCAUCGAAUGCUGAAAGCUCGCAUUUCCAGCGACGGAAGAGUUGGAUCAUCAACAGUAGCUGUCUAGCUGGAAUAUUUAACUGCUGAAGUCUUGGAGCUUGCUGGAAACGCGUCCAAGGAUCUGAAAGUCAAACGUAUCACUCCGCGUCAUUUGCAUCUCGUUAUCAGAGGUGAUGAGGAAUUGGACACUUUAAUUAAAGCUACAAUUGCUGGAGGAGGGGUUAUUCCUCACAUUCACAAGUCAUUGAUGAAACAAGACGCCAGCAAAGCCAAAA